AUAUCAGAGAGGUUACUUCUCGGUCUUCUGUCAAAAUUUUCUAUGCACAAAUCUGCUCAUGAUCUGCUAAACAGAAACGAAAAAUUUUUAAAUUUAAAUACAUUCUUUGACGGAACAGAUAGUGAGACAGUUAACUUUAACUUCCUGUUAGAUUUUAUAAAGACAUGGCACCUAAAUAUGAGUUAGCAGUUGGACUUCAUAGGGGUCAUAAAACAACAAGAAUCACAGCGGAUAAAACCAAAUCUGAUAAAAUACGACCAUCUAGGUUGAAAGGACGUUUAACUAAACAUUCCAAGUUUGUAAGGGAUCUUGUUCGUGAAGUAGUAGGACAUGCUCCUUAUGAAAAAAGGGCUAUGGAAUUGUUGAAGGUUUCGAAAGAUAAAAGAGCACUAAAAUUCUUGAAGCGACGCUUGGGAACUCAUAUCAGGGCUAAAAGGAAACGUGAAGAACUUUCGAAUAUCCUUACCCAAAUGAGGAAAGCCCAGGCCCAUGCUAAAUAGAAAUAUGUGGAUAUGUUUGUGAUAAUAAUAAUGGAACAUCAAGA